CCCCCCACUCCCCGUAUUCCCGCUGGUCCCGCAUUCCUCCGUUCAGCACGCACUCGUCGCAUGCUUCCGCGUACGACGGGAAACACGGAAGCACGGGAAUGCACCAGCGUACGGUAUCGUCGCGAGGGGUAGGCAUGAGUAGCAGAAGGGGCAGGAGGGAACGAUAGCCUUCGCAAUGCAAGCGUGGGACGCCAACCUUCCCGUGCACGAGCGAGAAGCUCGCUUCGACCUUACCCCCACCAGCGCAGCAGCCGCACGCCGUCCAGUUGCAGACGCAACUGUUCAAAUCCCGCACUCCGCACUCCGCACUCCGCACUCCGCAGCCGCGCGGAAGCUAGGGACUGGCGAUGCAGGAGGCCCCGCGCCUACCCGCGUACCGGCGCGUGUUCGCGUCGGCGUUCCUCCCCCCCGAAGAGCAGCGGGCGCGCGGCGUGGAGUGGCAGACGCGGCUGCGCCACGUGCACGUGGUGGGCGUCGUGGUGGACGUGGACCAUCUCCCCUUCAAGUUCGUCCGCUUCGCGCUAGACGAUGCCAGUAUGACCGCCGCUGCCGCCGCCCGCCCGGCCCCUUCCCGCCCUGCCCCUUCCCCCGCCCCUCCGCCCGCCCCUCCGCCCGCCUCCUCCGCCCGUGUCUCCGUCCCUCCGUCUGCUGCCACACCCCCUGCGCUCCCCACAGGCGCGUUACCAUCCGCCCCUUCGUCUGCUGCCCCUGCGCUCUCCCUUCCUCCCCCCACUUCUUCCCCCCAUCCUCCCCCCGACCUUCCCCUCCCCCCUGCGCCGUCACCUGCGCCAUCACCCGUGUCCCCCAUCUGCGCCACGCGGCCUGUGCGCGCUGUGCCAUGUGUGCUGUGGCUCAACAGCCGCGACCCCACAGAGCGCCACGUGGCACUGCUGCAGGCUGCCACGUGUGUCCACGUGGGCGCGCUGGUGGGCGUGCGAGGGAGAGUGACAGUGUUCAAGGGGAGGAGGCAGGUGACAGUAGAUGCAAUCUACCCCAUAUCCGACCCCAACGAGGAGAUGCUACAUUGGCUUGACUGCCUUGAUGCUGCGCGUAGCUAACACAGUGGUUUGCGAGAUAGUUG